UUGAAAGAGAUUAUAUUGAAGAAAAUUCAAUCAGCCGAAGAGUUGCCGAUAUUGUCAUAACAGAUACAGCAUGAGCUUAAGAAAUUGUGACAUUGUAUUCAAUAAUCAAGAUAAAACUUAUUAUCCUGGACAAACUGUAAAAGGAAUAGUCAAUUUCUCAUUUAAUUUUCCAAAAGAGAUUCGUGGUAUUUCGAUAAAAUUUGAGGGUGAAGCGACAACAAAAUGGACAAAACGUAAUGGAGGAAAUCGUCGGAGGAGACCUCGAUAUUUCACCGCUACCGAAGAAUUUUUCAAAUUUCAAUACUAUUUGUUAGGUUCACAAACAGGUGAUAGAAUAGAAAUUCCAGCAGGAACGCAUUCGUAUUCAUUUUCAUGUGUAUUACCAUCAACUUUACCAGCCUCUUUUGAAGGAAAGUUUGGCCAUAUACGUUAUACAGUAAAGAUAACAUUGGAUAUACCUUGGGAGUCUAAUCAAGAGAAUGAAACUGCAUUUAUCAUUAUUUCAACAAUAGACUUAAAUUUAAAUCCACAAGUCAAGACACCAAUAGACGUAUCAUUUCGAAAAAAUUUUGGAAGUACCUGUCUUGGGUGUUGUGAAGCUGGUUCUAUUACAAUGAUAGGAUCAUUACCGUAUACCGGUUAUGUUUCUGGCCAAGAAAUUCCUUUAUCUUUAGAAAUUGAUAAUAAUUCAGACGUGGAAUUUGAAAGUAUUCAUGUAGAAUUAAAAAAGAAAAUAUUAUUUCAUUCUCAACGGCCAUCCAGACGCACAAAGAAACUUGUUGAAACAGUUUGGGAACUUAUAAUUCAAUUAAAUGACGGAUUUAUGAAUUCGAAUACCAUUUGUACACCAAUCGCGAUUCCAGCUUUGCCGCCAUCUUUGGAACAUUGUUCAAUAAUUGAUUUAGAUUAUGAAAUUAAGGUAUACGUCAACUUUAAGGGAAUUCGCGGAGGUGCUUAUAUUAAAAUUCCAAUAAUUAUAGGAACGAUUCCAUUAACCAGUUCCCAGCUAGGAGCUACCGCAAUUGGAUUUAUGGUUAAUUCUACAGAAUCAUCGGCACCGCCAGAGACACUAAAUUCCGAUAUUACUUUAGAUCCAGAUGCUCCACCUCCUCCAUAUUGUUCAUUAUACCCGAAUAUGCGUACGUAAAGUUGAAACACGUAGCCAAACAGUAUCUAAGAUAUUCAUUUUUAUCAUAAAUGGGUCGAAAUAAUCAAUAUAAUUUAGUAGUCUGCGAAAAGUUUACCAAAAAAUAAUUCCACCAAUGCCUGGUUAAUUACAGACACAAAAAUUCACAGGCGCAUUAAACUUAUAACAACCCCCACCCCUAUAAAACGGGGUUAUUUCCAUUGUUAUAUUUUAAAAAUUUUCUUCAAGAAACAUACAAAUGUAAAUUUUGGAUACUAAACUUUUAGCUAUACGCUAAUAAGGUAGAACGCCAUCUCGUGUUUUAUUUUGUAUACAGUGGUUUUGUUUCUCCUUAAUUCAUAAGAAUAUUCAGAAAAACGGUAAAAUUGCAAUUCUGGAUUAUUACUGGGUGAGUUUUCACAAUUAACAGCACAACACUUUCAAUUCGAUCGUUUUUACUCAUUUUCUUGAAUAUUAAAUCACUUAUAACAUAUGACAAUGACGUUUUAUCCCGAGAGCUGGUAGACAUUUUAGGGUGAAAAUUUUUGGGUAGCAGGCAUUCUGUAAAUUCGUUAGAUACAUAUCCCAUCAUAUCAUAAUACAAAAAUGCAGACCUGACUGAAAGAUAGCGAUAUCUUUAGAACCCCAACUUAUCACACAUAUAAAAUUUUUUUGUUUCAAAAAAUAUCUUUGAGACAACUUGUAUAACUUAAAUAUUGAAAAAUGAAGACAAUAAACAAGCCAGGCCAUUUGCGAAGGAUUUUAAUCCUGGAAGAUGCUUACAAAACUACUUUUCUUGUAAUUUUCUUAA